AUGGAGCCUAACAAGACGUCGUCUGAUGCUAAGCAGGACACUUCAAUCACGACGACAGAAGUUCGUGCAGAGACGUAUCAGCCUCCCGGCGCCGGUCACGUUAAAGCAAAAGGUUUUCGAAAAUGGUUGCAGCGCUUUUUCCCUUGGGUGGGCGAAACGACAACUAGCCAACUCAAUGCUGUUCACAAACGGUCAUCGUUCCCCUGGUACGGGCUCGUUUGCCUUAUUGGAGCGCUACUGACCAUGGUCCUUUCAUUUUUGAUCCUUCACUUCAUUGACGGCAGGCCCGAGAUUACAAGCAAAUACCUAAAGCCUGCGUCCUGGCUCUCAGCAAUACUAUCAUUGAACGGUAUACUCCUCUCUCAAGCUCUUGCUGAAGGUGUAACUACCGCCUGGUGGUACAGAGCCUCACGCCCUGAUGUUACUUUAGAACAACUACAUACCACCUGGAGGUUGGGUACCAGCAAAUGGGCAAUUUUGUCGGCGGGCAAAAGCUUCAACUAUGUUGCACUGGCCGGUAUCUUCGUUGCAACAGUUCCAUUGAAUGGCUUCUUACUGCAAGCCGCCAUCGCGUACGAGCAGGAUACUCAUGCCAAUUUGACCACGUUAUACAUUCCAGUCUCCCAACAGCUACCAUUAGGUUAUUCAGCGUCUGUGGUCAAUGGCACUCUCGGAGACUGGUCGGAUGGUCUUUCGUCUGCGGCGAGCUCUAUGGAUGGACUUAGUGGCGGAUCCGUAACUCUGCCUCCUGGUGUCUCCUAUAUCGCCGGAUCAAGCUUCGACCUUGUUGGCUGCACCAACAAGGAUAAUUCAGCAGUCUGCAAGACAAGUGUUACCAUUCCCGGCUUUAGCAUGAGUUGCACUUCAGAGAUGUCUGAAGAGUAUGAUCUUAGACCAAGUCAGCACGUUGGAAGCAAGUUUACAGCCAAUGUAUACUCCUCAUCUGUUACCUGGAAUGCUGCCAGUCCCAACACAAUCGGCUUAGAUCUCAUCUACAAGCCUAAUGCCACUUGCCAAGGACGCCUGGAGCAUAAGAAGUGCAUCCUGACAGCUGCGAGCAUGUCCAUGCCUAUUCAGGUCAACAGUGACCAAGGUUAUUACGUCGGCACGCAAUGGAAUAACGCCGCAUAUUCUUAUCCAGUCAUCUCAAUCGAUCAGGAGUCUACGGUCGUCAACUACACUGCACAUGAGCCACUGCCGGUUCCUCCGAAUGAAGGGAAAGAGAACUCAACUUACGGGGGCAUUGCUAAGUGGCUCGGGCAGCGAUUCAAUGGCUCUAUUGACUGGACGCUGCAGGAUGGAUCCUGGUCGACAAGCAGGACGGGACCCGUCACAUAUUCGUACUCGUUGAAUACUCAGCUAUACUCGACAGACAAAGAUGGAAACCCGAUCAUGUGGGCUGAUGAGUCAAACCCAGGACCUCUAGACUUUAAUCCAAAGCCAAACAACGAGUCAUGGUGUCAAAACACUUAUUCUGGCCUUGACUGGAUGGCAGACUUGGGCAACGCCUCAUACUACGGCAGCCCUCCAUCGGACAAUGUUUUUACAACUGUGAACAGACUCAUGCUUAGCAUUAGCGCUGCGCAAGGUACUCAAGAUUGGUCAGAUCUACAAUCGGACGAAACUCUUUCAAAUCUCUGGUACAACGACACUAAAUCCACAUAUGACGAGUUUUGGAACCCGCACUUCAGAAAGAUGGCAGUUACAGUCCCCAAGUCUCAAGAGACUCAGAGCGUGCUCUUCUACCGGAUACGGUACGGAUACUGGGGUGCUUCUGUCGCCAUCACAGUCACCAUCGUGCUCAUGGUUGUGCCGCUGUUCUACGGAUUCUGGCAGCUGGAUCGCAGAACAACUUUGAGUCCCUUUGAGACAGCUGCGGCGUUCAGAGCACCUGGUUUACAGGGUGUCGAUUUGCAGAGGGGUGCUGAUGUCGCUUUGCAAGCAGUAGGCAAGAAGCCGUUGCACGCGGAUGUGUCGAUCUCGUCGUUUGACUCGAGAAGGUAG